AUCUGAGAAAUUUGAUCCAAACCCAAGGGUAAACUCUCAUAUUCCCAUCUAUAUAUUAGAAGCCCUUUUACCUAUCCAUCUCAUUCCACAACAUCUAUUUCAUUACAAAACAAAUAUUGUAAGCCAAAAAAGAAAAAAAAAAAUGUCUCUUGUGACAGAUGAGAUCAGAGCCAGUGCAACAGAAUUCUACACUGGAAAUGAAAUGUGCCAAGAGAAAUCAAAGUUCUUGCUGACUGAAGUAGGCCUACCUAAUGGCCUACUUCCUAUGCAAGACAUGUUAGAAUGUGGCUAUGUCAAGGACACAGGUUUUGUUUGGCUCAAAUCCAAGAAAAAGACACAACACAAGUUUGAGAAAAUUGGGAGAUCAGUCCAAUAUGCAACUGAAGUGACAGCCUAUGUGGAGCCGAACAAGAUCAAGAAACUUACUGGGGUUAAAGCUAAAGAGCUACUCAUGUGGCUAACACUUACUGAAAUCACUGUUGAUGAUCCACCUACUGGCAAAAUUCAUUUCAAGACUCCUACUGGGCUUUCUAGGACUUUUCCUGUCUCAGCUUUUGAGCUUGAUGUGCCCAAAAAGGAUGUCAAAGAGGAGGUGAAGGAGGAAGUGAAAGAAGUUAGAGCUGCUGCUGUUGCUCCAGUGGAAGUGAAAGAGGUGUCUGCUGCUGUUGCUCCAGUGGAAGUGAAAGAGGUGUAAGAAGAAAAAAAAAUGAUUUGCUAUGUCUUAGUAUAGUUAAUCUAAUCCUUGAUUAUUAUUAUGGAGAAAGAAAGGAAGAAGUUUCAUUUUGAUCAAAAAGUUGUUGUACUACUUAAUGUAUCCAUGUUCAUGUACUCAUGAUCAAGUGGCUAGUUAUCUCAUUUCUUCUUUGAAUUUAGUGACAGUAUUAAUAAACUUAGCUUAAAUCAAGUUACUUUUCA